CACCCUUGAGCCUUCUUCCCCUUUUCCCAUCAUCUAUAGCUUCUCUUUUGGCCUUGAUCUUCCUGUAUUUUUCUUUUUAUUCUUUCUAUCUCACCUCAGUUUCCAUAUUAUUAUCUCUGUGAAGACCCAAUUUCUACGUUUAUAGGUGCUAGAUGCCUCCAGAGCCUAAAGCCAAGCUUAAACGGCGAUCCAGCAGAAGAGAACUCGAGUCGGAAUUCAAGUUUGAUGGCGGCCAUGCGAGGGAACUUGAGCUAAAGAGGAGCAGAGGAGAAGUCAGCUGCGCAGAAUGUCGAAGGCUCAAAAUCAAAUGCGACAAGCAGAUUCCGUGCACAUCUUGCCAGCGUAGGGGUUGCGCAGCCUUGUGUCCAAACGGUAGUCUGGCCACCGGUCAAGGCACAAGAUUCGUUCUUGCUGCCACUGAGCACCUUCAUCGACGAAUAUCUAAACUCAGCGGUCGAAUUCGGGAACUCGAAGACGCUUUGGCAACCCUUCAUAGCAAGCAUUCCACCCAACCACAUCCAUUACUUACAGGGGAAAGUAUCGUCGAAGAUGUCGGUGAAGAAGGAGAAAACGAAGCUGUCGAAGGUCGUCUGAAGACAAAGGUCACCGAAGAUGAUGAUACAGAGGUCGUGAAUGCCGGCGGGGAAGUGAUUGAUACUUUUGGGACGUUGUCAAUCAGCGACCAUGGAAUCUCCCGAUUCUUUGGUCCUACUGGUGGCUCAGAAAGUUUACUGAUGGCAACUCCGUGCCCGUCCGAAAAGAACAACCUUCCUAUUAAAUCACAUUCUCAAUCCGUGCAACGCAACUCCGCCUCGCCGAUAGGGAACGGCCGGGAUGCGUCCUCUCUGUCACCAACUCUAACUAGCAACUCUCACUUUUCCUCCAACUCCACCACUACAUCCUUCCUAUCAGCGGUGGCCGCUGAUGCCGAUAGUCAGCUUUCGGCCACCUUCGCCCUCUUUUCCCGCACCUUUCCAUUCACGCCUCUAGGGCUUCCUCUAUCAGAGAUACAAUCUCUCAUAAAGUCGUACCUUCCACCUUACGAAACAGCAAUCCAACUUAUCAAAGUAUUCUUCGACCAGGUUUCUUGGUUAUUUCAAGGGUUAACCAAAGACCAAGUAGAGGAAGAUAUGAUCCCUUCGAUCUAUCGCCGAAGGCGGGCGGAAGAUCAUGAGAGGGACUGUCCGGACAUCAAGAUGCAGACUGCGAGCUGUUCUAAUUGUGAGGAGAUACCGCCACUUCAUUCGGAAGAGGAACGGACCGGACCACACGAUUUAGCGCUUUUGUUCAUCGUUUUUGCCAUAGGAGCCCUCGUAAACUCUGAUGACAAGGAUACUGGUGUUUCCGUUAACAAUCGGCAAGAGGAAUGCGAGAUGAAGAGUCGUCAGGGAUCGGACGAAUUCAAAAGUCCAAAGCAUACAAUCCCCCCCAUUGUCGAACACUAUCACCAACUGUGUCGAGCCGCCCUGUCACUGCAACCAGUACUGGAAAAGCCAAGUAUAGUCAGCAUACAAGCGUUGCAUCUGCUAAGCAUAUACAACGCCCUAAGCGGAGAUGGGGACGACAGACUAGGGAAAGGGGAAACAGGUAUGGAAAUGACAUGGAACUUGUUAACCCUUACCAGUCAUCUGAGUAUGAGUAUUGGACUGCAUAGAGAUAGUGCCAGGUGGGGACUCAGUCCCAAGAUGGUUCAAAGGCGAAGGGUAGUAUUUUGGGAUCUAUUUGUGGCCGAUGUGUGGACGAGUCUACAUACUGGUCGUCCGCCUGCCUUUUCACUUGCUUACAUCGACUGCAACUUUCCAGAAUACGUCAACGACACCACCAAGGGGCAAGGUGAGGCAGGAAAUGAUCAAUUUGGAAUAUGGCAAUUUCGCUUCGCGGCGGAAUGUGUCGCUGAGAUAUCCGCUCGCACACUGACCGCAGAGACUCCCACGUACGCCACCAUCAUGGAAUUGGACAAGAAAGUCAGAGGAUUCCCAUUACCAGAUGUUCUUGUUGACAGGGAUCCCAAUCGACGGUCGACGGAUGAUGAUAUGGUGUUGUCGUUCCAAAUAUGUUAUAUUGAGCAUGUUAAGGAGGCUAUGCUAAUAUACAUCCAUCGAUCCUUCUUUGCUCAAGCCAUCAUUGACCAGCCCAUCAACCCUCUCAAGAGCACAUACGCGCCGAGUUUCCUUGCGGCAUAUCGAGCCUCUGGAACAUUGUUGAAGUCGGUUCGGGAACAAUUUGCAACGUGGCCGAACACUGCUGGAAGGUAUUGGUCAAUGUGGACAUUUGCUUUCAGUGCAGCUGUCGUCUUUGGGACUGUUGUAACAAGAGGACCGAGAUCGCCAUUGGCGCAGUCUGCGAUGAUUGAGUUGGAUCAGGCUUGUAUAUUGUUCUCUAAAGCCGCGGCAUACAGUUUGAGGGCAUCCAGGGCGUUGCCGAUUCUCACGAAGUUGAGGGAGAAGGCCCAGUGUGCUCUGGUCAGCGUACGAAAUGAAACCUCGCCAAUGUCAGGGGAAAAUGGUGGUUUAUUAUGGAAUAUCAAAAACGAAGAUUCCGCGGAUGAACUGUCCAUAUUUGCUGGACACACUAGGCUCAUAUCUGCGCGCCAGAAAAGCACCAGCAAGGAGUCAUCUCCUACCGUCGAUAGUCCACCAGUGGAGAUGGGACAACCGCCUGGACAAAUCCGAAUUGAACCGCAACGUCACUCCAACAGACACGAUACGUCGUCUGCUGUACAGGUGCAGGGUCGUGGUCUUUACGGAGAAGAUAUAGCAAUGGAAUUGGACCCGUAUGACUCUCCUGACUCGCGGUCAUCGACCUAUUCGAUACCACGACCUCGCGAUCCAUAUCCUCCUGCGGAACAAUCUCAAUUACCACUCUCACAAGUAGCGAAUCUAGGCGCUCAUCCUGAUCACGGGGUUUCUCCAUCUAGCGCUCUUUCUCCAGUUAACGGAGGAUGGAGGGACGAUGAGGGUGCUCGACUCCAUCAAAUGGAAUAUAGUAUUCGAAGGAGUAACCUAUCUCAAACAUAUACCGAACCGACAACAAUUUCAAUCCCCCCCGCGACACCCCCACCCACAAAUGCAUCUCAUGCCAGGCAAAUACGCCAAUCCCAUCAACCAAUUCCGCUCGUUUAUUCCUAUGACAGGAGCCGUCCAAACCCUUCGAACGAAUAUUCCUGGUCCUCUCAAGGGCAUCCUUACACACCCUCAGAAUCCUCUCCAAUCCGGCUUUCUCAUCCUCAAUAUAUACAGGAUCACAUGUACAGACCGUCACAAGAGAUAUAUGCCACAACUGGACCGGGAAUGGACUCGUAUCAUGGAUACCAUUCGCAGUCUCACACGUCACAACAUGUUCCGCAUCAGGCGGGACCGGGGCCGGGGCCAGGCAAUGCCGCACUCGCAGGCCUUGGCUUGGCUGCGAGGGACUCGCGGUUAGACGAGAGGUGGAGUUCGUUCAUGCAGGAUUCUGGUUUAUUGGAUGACGUGAAUAAUUAUCGCAGUCGAUGAAAGAAUGCCUUGGUUUUCGAUUUUGAUUAUUAUUAUUUCGAACACUCUCACUCCUCCAAUAGACGCUAAGAUUUCUACGGAGAAGGACAACCUAACACCUUAAAAUUUGAUAUGGACCGUUUUAUGUAGCACUAUGCUCUUAUUCUCCUGUUUGUUACAAGCU